CCCUCCUCCCCUCGCGCCGCAGCCUGGGCCUGGGCCGGGCUCUGGGCGAAGAGGAGGAGGUGGCACUGGCGGCGCUGGGGAGAGCCCCCCAAGUUCCGAGGGGCCAUGUGGCGGCUCCUCUGGCUGCUCCUGGGCUCGGCGGAGUGCCAACUGCUGCCUUGGAAUAACUUUACAAAUGAAUGCAAUAUUCCUGGAAACUUUAUGUGUAGCAAUGGACGUUGCAUCCCAGGUGCAUGGCAGUGUGAUGGGCUACCAGACUGCUUUGACAAAAGUGACGAGAAGGAAUGCCCAAAAGCCAAAUCGAAAUGUGGCUCCACCUUCUUUCCCUGUGCAAGUGGAAUUCACUGUAUCAUUGGGCGCUUCCGAUGCAAUGGUUUUGAAGACUGUCCAGAUGGCAGUGAUGAAGAAAACUGUACAGCAAAUCCCUUGUUAUGCUCUACUGACCGGUUUCACUGUAGGAAUGGCCUGUGCAUUGAUAAGAGCUUUAUGUGUGACAAUCAAAAUAACUGCCGGGACAACAGUGAUGAAGAAAGUUGUGGAAACUCUCAAGAUUCUGACAGCAACCAAAAUUAUGUGACCACAGAGCCUGCGCUGAUCUUCUAUCCCAGCAUCACCUAUGCAAUCAUUGGCAGUUCAGCAGUUUUUGUGCUGGUAGUGGCCCUCCUUGCUCUGGUUCUGCACCAUCAGCGGAAGCGCAACAAUCUCAUGACACUUCCAGUGCAUCGGUUGCAGCACCCUGUCCUCCUGUCCCGGCUGGUUGUCCUCGAUCAUCCACAUCAAUGCAGUGUCACCUACAAUGUCAACAACGGGGUCCAGUACAUGUCCAACCAGGCCUAUCACAGACCGCCACCAGACAUUGACUCCCCACCCUCUUAUUCAGAAGCUGUACUAGACCAAAGCAGACCCCCAUGGUUUGAUCUUCCUCCACCUCCUUAUUCCUCAGAUACAGACUCCCAAAGUCAUAUAGACCUACCUCCUUAUCGAUCUCGAACUGGGAGUAUGGCAAGCACAGGUGAUGCAGUGGCAAGGAGUCCAGGGACUUUGAAUGGUACUCCUAUAAGAAGCACUGUCACAAGUUUGGACUAUCACAGUACACUAUGUGGCUCUACAGUUGAGCAAAGUGACUCUCUGAUCAACUCAGUUUGUGUCAGGGAACUGUAAGCAUUAAUUUAUCAGGUUCUCCUGGAUGUCGGCUUGGGCUUGGAGAGGCGCUAAGAAGUCAAGAGUCACGUGGACCCUUGGACAACCAGUGCAGCUCUUGGGGAAGCUUUGAAAUCAACUAGAGAUGUGCAGAUCUAGCCAUUUCUCCAUUUGGUUUAAAGACAUACAAAUGGGAGAAAAAUAUGCUGGUGGUUUUAGUCAGGCUAGACACAAAUGUUGUAUGCUGAGUUCAUGGGAACAGUACAGACAUUUCAAUUUAGAUUCAUGCUGCCUGUUUGCCUUUAAAGUCUUUCAGGGGUAUUUACUGUGAACAUGUGUCAGGAUAUAAUAUAUACACAUGUACCUCAGUAUACUUAUAUAAUUGAAAACAUCUCUUGCGGUAUUUUUAAACUGUAUUUAUGUCUGUAAGUAUGUACAUAAUGUGUGAGUAAAUGAAGCUUGCAUUGUGCAAUCAUUGGACGGUGUUGCUGGUAGCAACUGGAAGUCUCUGGCUCUUCAAAUACAUCCAGAGAUGAAAAGGAACUCAUAUAGUCAACCAUAAAUUAAAUCCAAAUAUUAGCUUCUACUGGAUCAAUGGAUUUGAUAUAAAUGUUGACUAGUUGGGAUUAGCAAUUGGAUUUAGGCCUCUUUUUUACAUAAAGUUUUAUUUUCUGUUAUCAGAUAAACUUUAUGUGCUGUUUUGACCACAAGGUGUAAAAAUGUCUUGUUUUAAUGCUCAUGGGGUUAUUACAGCCACCUGAUAGAACUUUUUCAAAUUAGGAUUUCUAAGAUUCUAUCAUUCUGACUUUUGUAAUAAUUUGUUUGACUGAACCAAGUUUCAGCUUCUGUGUAUUUUGGAGUAUAGCUCAAUCCCCUGUUUUGGUAGAGAGAGAUAGCGAUCUCUCGCUUACUCACUCCCCCCCCCCCCCAAAUCCAUGUCUUUUGGGUUAUUUCCGGCUCCAUGUGUGCCAAAAUCCAGCUUUUGAGGUGCCUGAACUAUUUGGAGCUUCCUUGUUUCUCUGGUUUUAACGGAGAUAAAUAUAAAUGCUCUAUGUUCGUCUUUUCCUAGUCAUCUGAAGUGCCUUGAGUUAUGCAGAUACCAAAUUUCAGAGCUGUAACUCAUCAGGAAGUUACUUCUAUGAUCUAUGCAUCAGAUCCAAACUUUGUUAUUAUUUUUUUUACUCUUUGUGAAGUGCGGUUUACUACCAACCUAUAGUCUGCUGGAUGAAAUGAUGACUGAUUCACACUUUGCACCCAAAACUUGUUACACAGCGCGUGUUUUAAUUCCAGCAACCUAACGCCCAAAAUACCAGACACAAAAUAGUCUCAGACCAAUAGUCAAAGUGAAAAGAAAAUCUUUACUCUCUUUACUUUGCAGAGAUAAAACAAAACCGGCAAUGCUUGCACGCAGCAGUGCAGCAUAUUUACACAGUCCUUAUGCAUAAAAUAAAGCAUCUUCUAAGCAGCAAAUGGAAAGUCAAAACAACCUGAUGUAAAUAGCCAUUUCACCAUCAGCAUCUCCUGCUGUAACUCCAGUGGUGAAACAGAACUCCAGCAGCAGCCCACCAGCAAUCCAACACCCACCACACUGUAUUAAAAAACACACAAACAGUCAUAGCCGCUUGGGCGUGGCACAAGAUUGCUGCUUGACCUACUUAGGCAGCUGAACAAGAUAAUUACAAACCAUAAGGUUUUUCUUCACACAUAGACUCGUGUCCUGCAAGGACUUACCGUAACAAAACUCAUUACAUUUGCUGCAUAACUGGAAUGGAGAUCAAUUCACACCAGCAUUCGGGCCAGGAUUCACCUGUACUUUAACUGUACACUUUGAAACAUCUAUUAUGGCAAAGCUUUAUCUGCUCUUUGGUGUGAAUCAGUCUUUAGAAUGCCAAUACUUUGGCAUUCAAACUACCAGCUACUUUAAAGACAUAACUAAGAAUGACUUUUUUCUUUACAGUUUGACCCACAGUGUCAAAAUAGUUCUGAUAAAUGGAUCCUUUUUUGACCAUUCAAAUUGUAGGCACUAGGAGCUAGAUCUCAAUCAGAAUUACUGCAGGAGGGGGUCAUCCUUCCUCAACUCAAACACAGUCUAAACACAGUCUAGUUUCCCCAUCUUAAAAGAAGGGAAGAUACGGCUUGCUACCAAUGUCUUUGAAGUAGUAUUCAGCUUGACCUUAUGCUUUAAUAGGUUAUAUUUGAAUACAGUGUCUGCUUUUAAAAUAACUGGCCUCCCCCACCCUCCAACAAUGUGGAAUGUACAUAUCUACAUUUGUGCUGAGAUACUUAGAUCUGGACUUCUAAAAUAAAUGCAUUUUAAUGGUUUGUUUGCAUUUCCUCCCUUUUCAAGCUAACCUUUCAUUUGGUUACUGGAGAAUAUGUUUUUGGAGAAAUUUGAAUAAGGUAUAAAUAAAGCAAUAUAAAUGAA